AUGAAGUUGCUACAGGAAAAACAUGGGGACAUUUUCGAAACGCAUCUUGGAAGUUUUCGAAGAAUUGUACUCGCUCGAGCAGAUUAUGUUGAAAAAUUAAUGUCACCGUCCACAAAAACAAAUUACGUGUUAAGAUCGGAAAAUAUGCCAGAAUUAGAUGAGUUAAACAUUUCAGGAAAGGGAAUUUUAUUUAAUACAGACAUUCCUACUUGGAGAUUUAAUCGACAAUUCUUUUCACAAGUU